CCUCAUGUUCAGGGGGGCGGAGGAGGCAAGGCGGUGGAGGCCGCCGUGACGCCCCGAAGCGAGGACUUUAGCAAGUGGUACCUGGACGUGGUCGCAAAAGCCGAGCUAGCUGACUAUGGGCCCGUUCGCGGCACCAUGGUUAUCCGGCCGUACGGCUAUGCCAUUUGGGAAACCAUCCAGUCAUACCUGGACGGUCGCUUCAAGGAGCUCGGCGUCCAAAAUGCCUACUUCCCGCAGCUCAUCCCCUACUCCUUCAUCACUAAGGAAGCAGAGCACGUGGAGGGCUUUGCACCCGAACUGGCGCUCGUGACCAAGGGCGGUGGUAAGGACCUGGAGGAGCCCCUGGUGGUGCGCCCCACCAGCGAGACCAUCAUCAACCACAUGUUCGCCCAGUGGGUGCAGUCCUACCGGGACCUGCCCCUGCAGCUCAACCAGUGGUGCAAUGUACACCGCUGGGAGAUGAGGACGCGGCCCUUUGUCAGGACGCUGGAGUUCCUCUGGCAGGAGGGUCACACGGCGCAUGCGACUGCAGAGGAGGCGGAGGAGGAGGCGAGGCGCAUGAUCGACGUGUACACGGACUUUGCGAUCAACAUGGCUGCUAUGCCCGUGGUUCCGGGGCGCAAAUCUCGCAUCGAGUCUUUUGCUGGUGCCAACUGCACGUACACAAUCGAGGCCAUGAUGGGGGACCGUAGGGCCCUACAGGCCGGAACCUCCCACAACUUGGGCACCAACUUCGCCAAGGCCUUCGGUACCCAGUACCUGAACCGCGAGUCCAAGAGGCACUUCGUCCACCAGACCAGUUGGGGCGUGUCUACCCGAGUCAUUGGCGGCAUCAUCAUGACGCACGGUGAUGAUAAGGGGCUGCGGCUGCCGCCCCGCCUGGCGCCUGUACAGGCUGUGAUCAUCCCCAUUGUCAAGAAGGAGGAGGACCGGGUACCAGUCAACGAAGCGGCCCAGAGGCUUGCAGAGGCGGCCAAGGUGGCGGGCAUCAGGAUCGAUUCCGACGAGCGGCAAACUCCUGGCUGGAAGUACAACUACUGGGAGAUGCGGGGCGUCCCGGUGCGGGUGGAGGUGGGUCCAAAGGACGUGCAGAGCGGGACCUGCGUUACAGCUCGUCGCGACAUGCCAGGCAAGGAGGGCAAGCAGAUGGGGGUGCCCAUGGAGUCGGCCGCCUUCGUCGCUCACAUCAAGGGGUUGUUGGAGGAGGUGCAGACGGGUCUUGCAGCGCAGGCAGCCGCAUUCCGUGACGCCAACAUCGUGGACGUGCGCAACUACGAAGAGCUCAAGGAAGCCAUUGCCGCUGGCAAGUGGGCCCGCGGUGGGUGGGCUGCCAGCGACGAGGAGGAGAAGCGCGUGAAGGAGGAGACCCAGGCGACCCUGCGCUGCUUUCCCUUCGACCAGCCGCCCGGGCCUCACACGUGCCUCAUGACCGGGCAGCCGGCCAACGAAGUGGCCAUUUUCGCCAAAUCGUACUGAAGUAAACACACCGGGGUAACCUGCCGGCUUUCUUUUUGCGAAAUCGGACAUCUUUUGCGGGACUUGAAAGGUCACACAGCGCUGGACUAUGGUUUUCUUUUCCGCUACCCUUUGUGCUCUCCUUUACAAAGAGCCCUGUCGUAUCUUGGCGCUCAUCAAGUAGUGCCAAGGAAGUGUAGUGCACCGAGAACUGGGACAUUGCACAGUCCUCCUCAAUCUUUGAGGUC